UGUUGGUUUAAUAAUGUUCGGCAAACUUAUAUUGAUACAAUACGUAUAGACAUGACAUAGGUGAGAGAGCGAAAAAAAGAUUCCACAGAGCAAAAAGAAAGUAAAACCUAAUUAACAUUACAUAAAUUAAUCAUCCAUCUAAAUAAAUUACAAGCGAAACUUUUCCUUUUUUGGUUGAGUCUUUUGUCGCUUAGCAGCGACAAUAGACGCCUGUUCCGAUACCAUAUCAGAAAGAUCAUUUUGCCACUGAACAUGCUGUCCGUCCUCUUCAGCGGGCCGUUUGGAUGAAGACACAGGUUCAUUAGUGGGAAUUUGGUAACGAUGGUCAGGUCCCAUAAAUCCUUCGACGUUUGUAUGUUGUUCUGGAAGAACUUGGUAAAGUGGUCUAGAAGAAUCAUCUUCUUUUUUAUUAAAUUGUUUCCGUAACUCAAAGUUUUCAGCUUCAAUGGGUCUUUGAUCGAAAUAAGAAAUAGACUCGACACGUUCAUCUUCCGGAUGAGCGCCUGAGGAACGUGUAUUGUACCCUGCUUCAUUUGUAUUUACAAAAUCGUUAUCAGGUCCCCUUUCUUCUUCGUCUUCUUCUUCUUCUUCCUCCACCACCUCCUCUUCUUCACUGGAUUCUUCUUCCUCAAAUUCCUCUAGUUCACCCCAGUGUUGAACCUCUUCGGGCGGUCCGGUAUUUGCGGAGGCGCGUGGCUUGUUACUACCAAAAACAUCACCAUACAAUGGACGGUUGUACUGGUCAACGGGAGGUUUGCCCCAUCCGCCGGGAUGAUAACCCCAUUGUGCUCCAACUGGGAUGGGAUAAUUAACACCGGGAAUCUUCAAGUCAGGAUAACUCGGCGGUGGUCCAAACUUUUGCAUAGCAUAAAUCCAAGGUGGAGGAGCGUUUACAGAAAUGCCUAGUGCUUCUCGUAACUCGUCAGAUAUAUCACCAGGUCUUUUCUCUUUGACAUUUGCUUCUAAUUCUUUUCCUUCGUAAUAACACUCACCAAAGCCAGUCAAAACAGGUUUUGUUUGGUAACGAAAGAAAGCAUCAUGGAGUUUUUGGUAAUCAAUGUCGAGUUUCCCCAUUUUUGGUUGAACACGCUCCCUCAUUUUUUGACGCAGCGGCAUAUCGGCUUCAUUUUCAUGAACGGCGUUUCGCAUUUGAACAAUACCAGUAGCACGAAUAUACGAAGGCAACUCAAAUAAUUGUCGUUCAAUGCCUCGUUGACCGCUAAGGUAAUCUCGUUUCUGGUUCCAGUGACGAGGAACCGGUACAGUGUUUUGAUACGCUUUAAGAUGAGUAAGAAGCAAAGGAUCUGGUGAUGAAACAUCCCACCAGUCUACCACAUCUGGCUUUUCUGAAAUCAUUUUGAGGUGUGCCACAGUCAUUCGUUUCAUCUUUCGAAGCUUUUUGCGGCUUAGUUUCUCUUCUUCUCGUUUUUGCAACGCGUCCUCUUCUCCUUCGCUAAGGACCUCGUCAUCAGAAUACAUUACUUGACCCUUGUCUGCAGCUGCUGAAUCUGCCUCAGGUUCUGCAGCGGAAAAACGAUUUAAAAUAUCUCUAUAUUGAUCAAAUAGCGGAUCGGAAUUGUCCAUGUUGAGAUAGUCCACUACGAGUAAAGGAUCUGCCUCAUUUGAAACUGCAUUCUUCUUUGGGAGUUCAUCCACUCUUUCCGCUGAAAGCGCAGCUUCAUCUCCCUUAUUGUCAUCAAUUUUCUGUAAAUCAUUGCCAUUUCCAUCCUUAUUUUGAUACUGUAAUUGUUGCUGUUCACGUUGCUCUUUCUUUUUUUGUCGUCUUACUUGGUUACGGCUUUUUCUUUGCCUUUCCUUUGUUGUGUCUUUUGAUAUCGCAUUUCCUUUCUCUAUUUCUGGCUGAACACCAGCUGUUUCCGCCAUUGGGUUCCUGUUAGAUGGUGUUUUACUUUCUUGAAACUCUGCAGGUAUGUUACUCUGAAAAUCCAUCCUAAACGAGUCGUGCAUUACCCUUACCGCUGAGAUGUCACGUUGGUGUUUUGACCUGAACAAGAACUUAUCUAUAGCAAAGUUAGUAUAAACAAAGAAAGCAAUGACAAGGUGUAUUAUUACAAAUACUUUUUAGCUUUAAUCACGUUGCAUUACUGAAAAGACCCUGCUAUUGCACUGAAAACUACUGAAAAACUCUAUUUUCUCAGGAUCCAUGAAAACUUUUUGUUAAAAAAGGGUUCGUUAAAAUUCUCGAUGAUUACAUGAUUAUUUAUAAAAAUUACCGUUCAAUUGGAUGAAUUUGACGCGUCAAUUCAUAAAAAAAGACUCACAUUUGCCAGUCAUGAGUUUGUUUACUACUGUAGCGGAGUGAUGCUUUCACGAACUUCAGCCAAUUUCGGUAAAUGAAAUGUUGGUAUGUUUCCAAGGAUUAGUAACUAAACAGAUCCAGUAGUUAUUUUCUUAAGUCCAAAGUCCUUCCAUCGACUUUGAUGAACUUUUUUGAUCACUUGAAAGGCUGUUUACAUAUAUUUUUUCUCAUUUUCGGCUCUGGCGAAAGAAGACUUUGCUCGUAUCUUUAAGGGAAAAGGCCAAGUCCAUUGUGAAUGAAAUUGGAAAGGCGACGUUUAGAGAAAAUGAAGGACAGAGGUUUUGGCUAUCUGUUUGCUUAAGAGGUUGAAAACUAUUCUAUUCAAUCCAAACAACGACAUAAUGGAUCAACGACAGAUCGAAAUUUUUAGGGAAAGCCCUAUUCCAUUAGAAAGGGUUUCAAGUCCGUUGGAACACAUUGAACAAUAUUCGCCGUCUCCUAACCGAAGUCAUUCCGUAAAUACAACCGUUCCGGCUUUGAAGAAUGGACUCGAAAAUGCUAUGUGUGAUAGAAAAAACAUUCCUCAGGGGGGCUUGAAAAAGCGAUCGAAUUCUUUUUCUUCAUAUCUUGAUGCUCACUCUAAAUCGACUGUUCCGUACAAUGAAUCCUAUAGAAGUACUGGGUUAAAUUGGUUGUCUGUAAAAUUGAAUAUUCUAUUUCGGUCGCAGAGAUUCUCUCGUAGGUCUUUUCAAAGAUCUUUUAGUUCGUCUCAUAGUUCGAAAUUGGAGAACAAUAAUACCAAUGGUUUAUCUCCCUCCUCAGACAUUUUUGAUACGAAAUACUUACUUGCGACAAUAGUCCCGGAAUCUAUCCAAAAUGGUUGUUUUCUUUUUCGUGUCACAAAAAAAAAAGUACGGCAACGGAAAGUAUCAUUAGAUCCGUUUACAGGAUACAUGAUUUUAGACAAAAACACUGGGAAACCUUACCGUAAACUAUGUGUUGAUGACAUUAAAGAAAUUCGUCAAGGAAGCGAAUCCAGAAACUACAGAGAACAGUUCAAAGUUUCUUAUGAGCAUGAAAAUAGAUGGUUCACUAUUGUCUAUACGGCAGAAGACAAGAUGAAAGCUUUGCAUUUCAUUUCUCCCACCAUAGACGGUCUUAAUCAAUGGGUAAUGGCUCUAGAAGGAUUGAAAACGUAUCGUUUAAAUGAGUUUAUUACAGGGUCUCGUUUUGUAUCCAAUCAUAAUAUUCAAACGAUCAAAGGAGAUGAAAAUGUAGGCCACCCUUGGGAGAAAUUAGAGAACGAUGAAACUGCGGAACUCACCUUUGAGGACAUACAGUGUAUGUGUCAAAAACUUCAUCUCAACGCUUCUUACGAAUAUCUGGAGCAGACUUUUCGUAAGGCCGAUACGCUCGGAACCGGAAAACUAAGUUUUGAAGGGUUUCAGCAUUUUGUUAGUAUGUUGAAGACAAGGCCAGAGGUGAGGCAAGUGUUUAAUAAGUAUACAAACCACUCGAAAGAGAUGACGUUGAAACAAUUUGUUACGUUUUUACGAGAUUCCCAAAAAUCUACUAUAAAUGAUGAUCAAGUUGAGCUUGUAUAUGGUUCGUUUUGCAAGUCUUAUGACUCUCCGAUGGAUUUAAUUGACUUUACAUCUUACUUAUUAUCUCCUGCCAACGCCCCGUUAACGCCAGUGAAUCAAGAUAUGAAUCGCCCUUUGAAUGAAUAUAUCAUUUCUUCUUCGCAUAAUACGUAUUUGCUUGGGAAGCAAUUUGCCGGAGAAAGCUCCAUCGAGGGUUAUAUUCGUUCAUUGCAGAGAGGGUGUAAAUGUAUUGAAAUAGACUGUUGGGAUGGUUCUGACGGGCCAGUGGUAUGUCACGGAAGAACGUUUACAUCGAUGAUUCGCUUCAAUGAUGUUAUAGACGUUAUAAAAAAGUAUGCAUUUGUCGUUUCUGCUUAUCCUGUCAUUAUUUCUUUGGAAAUCCAUUGCUGUCCGGAACAGCAACGACAGAUGGCCGAUUAUAUGAAACAAACGUUUGGAAGUAAUUUAUUGACUGAACCACUGGGACCCUUUGAAACAUCUUUACCGUCUCCUGAGCAAUUACUAUAUAAAAUAUUAGUUAAAGUAAAGUGCCAAGCGACUGUUUCGGCCUCGAAUUCCCUAGACUUUUUUCGAGGGAGUGUUGUUGAUUCAUCUACGGAUACCACGGAGUCUUCUGAAUUUGAAAAUGGGGAGAGAAACUUAACGAAUGAGCCAAAGAAACGGAAUAAAAAAUUAAUUAUACCCGAGCUUCAGCAAAUAGCACCAUAUGUGCGUUCGCUGAAGUUUCGUAACUUUUCUUUGCCUGAAUCGAAAACUUAUAAUCACACAUUCUCAUUUUCCGAGAGGACCAUUAAAAGGCAUGGAAAGACGAUGUUUCCACGACUGAGCAAGCAUAAUAUAAAAUAUUUAUGUCGUGUAUACCCAGGUCCAUUACGACUUGGCAGUACCAACCUUAAUCCUCAGUUCUAUUGGCGCAUGGGUGUACAGAUGGUUGCCCUAAACUGGCAAACAUAUGAUGUUGGUCUUCAAAUAAAUGAUGCACUUUUCCAGGCCGAUCCUCCAAGUGGUUAUUUGCUGAAACCGAUGUAUCAACGAGUCACAGAAGAAAAAUUGAAGCAAAAUAAGGAAUGUAAUGAUUGUCCUAAAAAAAUGAUACUGGAUAUUGAAAUUAUAUCGGGACAACAAUUACGUCGUGCAAAGGAGCUCUCAAACUCGGAAACGCUUUGUCCAUUUGUAGAAGUACAAAUACAUUCCCUGGAGGAGACACCCUUUCGCUGGAAUACGAGUGUGGUGGAUCGCAAUGGCUUUCGACCAUUAUGGCAAGAGAGUUUUCAAUACAAAAGUGCUUCGGUAGAUGAUGUUUACUCAGUCAUUCGUUUCUUGAUUCAUCAUCGUGCAAGCUCUGGUAAUGAUACGGUAAUUGCAGAAUUUGGGUGUCCUUUAUAUAGAUUAGAAAGUGGAUAUCGACAUAUUCCGCUGUACGACAUGCAAGGUGAAAGUUUAUUAUUUUCGACACUAUUUCUACGGAUUGGGAAGGCUGAACUUUGAUGAGCAUCAAUUGAAUGGUUUUACAAAGGGUUAUUUAUGACAAAUGUAUAUCACGAUGGGACAUAACGGGUUAAAAAACAAAAAAAGGUGCGCAUUUUACAAGUGUAGUAAUAAAAAAAAAGGGACAACGAGAAAAUAUGAAAUGGUUUCCGAAAAGGAAGAAAAAGAACCUAGAUGUUCACACUAUUGACAAAAUCGUCUAAACUUUUCUCAGCAGUAUUGCUUCUUAAUUGUUCGCGAAAAACAUCCGGGCGAACUUUUUCCCAAAAAAAUCUUUGCUGCAAAAACUCAUUUUCAAAAUUGGAAACGUUAUUAGAGGUAUCUUGCCAUGAUUUUUUUGCGGAUUUUAAUUGACUUGCCAAACUAGCAUCAGGAAGCUUUAUUAACGGAGUUUUUGGGUCAUUAUUCGCUCCAUUAUGCAUUUCAGAGUCAUUAAAUCGAUUCCCCGAAUUAGAUUUUAAGUGGUAAUGAUGAUGAUGGUUAUCAAAGUCUCGAGAAUUAGAAGGAAACCGUGAUUCAUAGCUAGCUCGUGACCUCGGUCUAUUAGGAUGAUACGCCCGCGAACCAUGUUCAUGGGUAGGACCACCUUUAUCGUUCAUUGAUCGGUGAUAAUAAUGUUCAUUUUUUUCAUAACGGUAGUCAUCCCGGUUACUCAUUUUUGGAACGUUCGAUUUCUCUAGUGACACUGAAAAGGGAGAUCUGUAAAAGCCUUUAUGUAUAGACUUUCCUUUCCAGUAAUUGCAAAAAACUAAAACAAUUCUAUCAUGAAACGUACACAAUCCCAAAUGGCAAUCCAAAUAGAAUUGAUGGUGGAAAUGUGGUCUUUGCUUGGAUUAGAAAACGCGCUUCACGACGUUAAUAAACACAGGUUGUGAAGACAAAAUUUUUGUUUAUCCAUCUAUUUCAUGUCCUAGAUGGAUUUUUUUUCUUUAGAUAUUUAAAAAUGAAUUAGAUUAUGAAGAAGAAAAUAGUAAAUUGAUUUGAAAAAC